AUGACGCAGUCAUUGUGGGAUUUAGCCCUCCGACAAAAGCUACUCAAGCAGGGUAUUAUAGUAGCGGUGUCUCUUUAAACACUUUAGAGAAAAAUCGCCCAAAUGAGUCAGUGCUUGUCUUUGCCGGAGCAAGAUCAUGUGUUUGUCUCAAUUUUCUUGCUUAUAUUUCAACAUUAGGGAAAAACUACUAUUAUCAACAAUUUCCUCGAGAAGGAUGAAAAUCCUAAGCCCACUUUAGCCCUCGAAUAUAAUUUUGCCCGGAAGAGUCUGGGUCCCUAUGUGGUUUGAGCUUCCAUUUCGUCGUUACAAAAUAUGCGUUAACGCAUAUUUGUAUGUAGGCAAAGUCAGUUGCGCACAUAUGGGAACUAGGCGGUGGACCCAAACUUUCAAAUUUGCUGGAUGUAACAGUCACCAAGGACAGUAUCGAGUAA